AUGUCAGAUAAGAAUUUGAGAAGGAUUCCGGUGAGCCGGAGAUCAAACACCGGCAACGGAGUACCCAAACUAUCGCCAUCACAGUCUCCGGCGACUCGCCGGAGAAGUAGAGCUGUUAUCGGUGGCCAGUUGUGGAGGCCACCGAAGGAUGUUAAAAUCUUACAGAGGUGCAAGUCGGAGCCUGCGUUGCCGGAAGUCAGGACUGAUCCGGGCGGAUACGGUAGUCGGAGCGACAAAUCCGCGGUGGUGGAGGAUGUGCUUCACCGUCGGCGGACAUGUAUUGAUAUAUUCUCGGCGCCGGAGAUUCUGGUGCCUCGAUCUCCUCAUAUUUGUCCCGAGGGGUACAACAAAGAUGCCAAGGUAGUGGUGAAUGUAACUGUUGAAGGAAGUCCUGGACCUGUUCGAACAAUGCUCAAAUUAGGAUCCAGCGUGGAGGAGACAAUAAAGGUCGCGGUUAAAAAGUACAACGAAGAAGGCCGCAGUCCCCAUCUAGAUAAAGCUGCUGCUUCAACAUUUGAAUUACACCACUCAUACUUUAGUCUUCAAAGCUUGAGCAAAUCAGAUGUGAUCGGGGAUGUUGGCAGUAGAGAUUUUUAUCUUCGGAAGUGUAGCAGUGACUACAGAGCAGAUAACAUUUCAACCUCUUCAAAAAAUACAGACACUGCAUCAACAAAUUCAAACAAUGAUUUGGUUGUCUCGCCUUCCUUUGCUGGUUUGAUUGAUCAGAAGAUGAAGAAAAUCAUAAGGAAAGCACAAAAACUAUGGAAAUUUUUGGGCUGCAUGCAAUGCACUGGAUAA